AUGUCCGGCCAGAUUGAUGUUCUCUUGUACGGCUUGGGAGCAAUUGGCUCCUUCUAUGCUUUUAUUCUCACUCGAUCUGACCGGGUGCGGUUGACUGUCGUGGCACGGUCAAACUAUGAGGCUGUACGGGCCAAUGUAAGCACUCCCAGAAUUCACAUAUAUCGCAGGAGAUGGCCCAUUGAUGGGCAUGGCUCCAGGGAAUUACGAUCAACAGCGAGAACCAUGGCCAACAGACAUUUCAUCCGCAUCGAGGCAUUGGUCAAAUCACCCGCCGACGCAUCGCCCAUGGAUUAUGUCGUAUGCGCCCACAAGGCCAUUGAUCAGGAUCAAGUGGUGGCCCAGCUGGCACCAGUCGUGGAUUCUAGUCGGACCACCAUCGUGAUCAUUCAGAAUGGCGUGGGUAAUGAAGAACCAUUCCGGGCCAAGUUCCCCCGAUGUUCGAUUUUAACCUGUGUGACCUGGGUGGGAGCCACGCAGACCAGCCCUGGUAUCGUCAAGCAUACCAAAUCCGAAGAUAUGCAGAUUGGUCUAUUUCCCAACGCUUCUCUGGAUAAAGCAGUCGAGCAGCAACGACUUGACACUUUCACAGUCCUACUCCACAACGGCCGGACCCGGUUCCAAAUUCUCGAUGAUAUGCAGCAGCAGCGAUGGGAGAAAGUCGUUUGGAAUGUCGCGUGGAACUCGCUCACCACACUGACCAUGGUCGACACGCAGACCUGGCUACACUCUUCCGACGACGCCACGCCAUUCACUCGUCAGCUCAUGCAAGAGGUCAUUCAUAUUGCCCGUGGAUGUGGAGUUCCGCUGGGGGACGAUUUGAUCGAUCAGCUCAUGGAGAAAAUCAAUGCAAUGCCCGGCAUCGGCAGCAGUAUGCAGACCGAUUGUAAGAACGGGCGGCCCUUGGAGAUAGAUGUCAUCCUUGGGUUUCCGGUAACCAAAUCUAGGGAGCUGGGAAUCCCAGCCCCGUUCUUGGAGACCUUGUAUGUUAUUCUGCGCGCAGUCGAUGGCCGUCUCCGAGCCGCGUUGUAA